AUGUUUUUCUUUUCUCCUUCGUUCAAUAAGGACAUGGAUCUCAUUGAGGUCCUCUGGAAGCAAGAUGUUGACAUGGGCUUUUCAAUACAAGAAUGGCAAGAAAGUGCAUCAGCUGCUGAUGACGAUACAAACCCUUUAAAAGAUGACUCCUCGCCGCUCCUGAGCAAGAAAGAAAAGAUAACUUUACCUCCUGACAAGCUCAAUUCAAAAGAUAAGGCCCUCCUCGUCUUAAUUGAUGUUGACAGGGCCCAUAGGCCCACAGCUGACAGCACAACACAUCUACCUUUUCUCAGAGCAUAG